AUGUCUAAAAAAACUUUAUUCGGAACGCUUCUAUUUGAACUUACGAAAACUUUCACGGAUUCAGAACAUGGUAUCUGCCAAGAUUGUCUUCAACCAAAUACCGACAGGAAAUGGUGUCAAUCUUGUAACGCUGAAAAUUUUCGUAAAAACUUUUCAAACUGGACCAGCGGUAAUAAACAUAUCGAUAUGUUUAUUCAAGAUGCUCAACUUACCGCUGCCAAUCAUUAUGAAGUCUUGGAAUGGAUACCUUAUGAUCAAUUGAAGAAGGUUACUUUCAUUGCUAAUGGAAGGUAUUCUACCAAUUCCAAAGCUGUUUGGAGUAAAGGUGAUAUUUUACAAUGGGAUCAUGAUAAAAAUGAUUGGUCUCGUUUUCAAGGAUCAAUUGAGAAUUGGUCUUACUCUCAAGAUAACGCGACUGGUUUAAAUGGUAGAAUAGUUUCUUUGAAAAGUUUUCAAGAUUCUUCCGAUAUUUGCUCCGAAUUAGAAAAGUUGAGACAUUAUUUACAAUCUCUUAAAGAAGCGAUAAAGAAUGAUAACAUGUUAUUACCAUUAUUUGGUAUUACCCAACACCCUAAAACCUCUGAAUACAUGAUUGUGACGAAUUACGCUGAAGGUGGUAGCUUGAGAAAUAAUUUGCAAUAUAUUCGCAAAUUAAGUUGGAAGGAACGUUUGGAAAUUUUACUUGAUAUUGCUUAUGGGCUUGCUGGUCUUCACAAAUCUGAUUUACUUCAUAGAAAUUUACAUAGUGACUGGUGUGAAUAUUAUGAUGAUAAUAUUAAAGACAUUGAAGAUAAAAAUAUUCAAUUGCCUAUUAUGCAAUUUCAACAUGCUGACAAAUUACUUCGUGCACAGUCUAGACAUUCUAGCAAUUUCUAUGCUCCUUAUUAUACAAACAUUGGUUUUUCAAGUUACAAAACCUAUGACAAUAAAAAAGACCAAACUCGUUAUUAUUAUUAA